CUCUCAUCUAACGGACUCGGAGGAUGCGGUCUCCAGCCUGUGCGAUCUUUCUCGGCUACUUUGCGGCGCUUUGCUGCAAGGAAACCUUUGGCGUCUAUGUCUCAUCAGAUAACAGCAAUGUACAAGUGCAGGAGUUUGGAGAGAUUAUACUUUCCUGCAAAUAUAAACUGGAGAAAGAACAUCCUGUGCGACUGGAGUGGAAGAAAGUGGUACCCAACGGCGAUAUCUCAUUCAUCUAUUACAAUAACACACUAGCAGCGGAUUUGCGGGGCCGAGCGGAGAUGAUUGAGUCCAGCAUUUGGUUAAAGAACGCGACCAGAGCCGAUUCGGGGAAAUAUCGAUGCGAAGUCACUGCCCCUAAAGACAACAAAUCAUUUCAGGAGAUUGUUAUUGAUUUGAAAGUUUUAGUGGCCCCCGGUGUUCCUGUGUGCGACGUCCCUCCAUCAGCAAUGAGCGGCACUGCAGUGGAACUUAAAUGCAGAGAAAGCGAAGGAUUCCCAGCGUCAGAAUACCGGUGGUAUAAGAAUGGAAUCCUCUUGGCGAUAAACCCUGCUCCGAAUGCCAGGCUUACAAACUCCUCUUACACAGUCAAUUCCGCCUCGGGCACUUUGCAAUUCAAUACAGUCGCAAAAAUGGAUACAGGGGAAUAUUACUGUGAAGCCAGUAAUGGCAUCGGCAAGUCCCAAAAAUGUGCUGUGAGGAGACUGCAAGUCGAUGACCUGAAUGUAGCUGGAAUCAUAGCAGGAGUCGUAGUUGUGGCGCUUGUCAUGCUGUUUUGUGGACUUGGUGUGUUCUAUGCUCAGAGAAAAGGAUAUUUCUCAAAAGGAAACGCAUCCGGGAAGGAAGCUUCUCAGAAGACAGCAUCGCAGAAGGAAAAUGAAUUCAAGCACACAAAGUCAUUUGUCAUAUGAGAAGACAGAGUGAGGGCGGCCAUACUGACCACUGCCUACAUGUUUCUCUCGGAUGGGACACGAUUGUGAAUAGUAUAGACUGGACUGGAAGAUUAUCUAUUUUUGCAUUAAAGACAAAAUCCAGAAGAAAAUGUUGCUUUAUGAGCUGUUCUUUCGCUUUAUAGUGAAUCUCUUGGACAGACCAAUGUGUACUGAACUGAGACGAGGCCCCAAAGGAAAUGCGUUGUAUGUACUGCAUGGAACCGGCUCCCUCGUGUGUAUAUAAAGCAAGAUGCUCAGUGUUUAGGGCCAGGCCGACAAACCAGGAUUCACUGAUAUGGACUAACUUUGGCCUCUACUCCAGCUGGCAGACUGUUGUUUUUAGAUCCAAUAAUAGUCCGAGCCUUUUUAUGGAACUGGCAGUGGCAGCAGUAGCUCCCUGGACAUUUUGUGGCCUUAUCCCUGGGUAGAUUCAUGGCCCUAAAACUAAAAUAGCUCCGUGCAAUUGUAGCAAGUUUGGAGAAAUGUCACAGGAUUGUAGAACAAAAGCUGCCUCUUAUAGUUACAUUAGUGCUUCAAACUGUAUCAUCUAGAUAGAAACUGUUACAGAAAAGCUGUGUGAAGGAAAACAAACACGGGGCCAUAAAACUUACUGGGGCCCCAGCUCAUUCCCAGCAUCCCACGGCAGCUGAGAGCUGGGGUGUCCACGUGAGACAGAAGUUGUAGUUCUGUGGCUAAAAAUGAAGGCAUGGAGGUGUUUUUGUUACAUUUUGAAGCUGUAUAGAAACUGCUGUUACCUUAGAGUGUUUUUUAAGCAUUUUAACGAGUAUUAAUUCUGUAAAAAA